UCACGAUACGGCAUAAAAACGUGGAUUAGUUAUUUGUGUUGACCUACCUAACUGAAGGUUGUGGCCAACUACAAAUCUGCGGCGGUGACGGGAUGAGCCGCGUGACGACAGCACGUCGCAGCGAGCGCAGGGCAGGGAUUGCAUUGAAAAUGGAGCUCCUGACAUCUCUGCACGAGUUGCCUCGGACUUGAGGUGAAGCCUCAAAAUAGAUGAUGUCAUCAUUCAGAGAGGCUGCAACAUCUCCUGGCUGUGGCCCUUUAGUUAAGGGCAAUGUUUCCAUAGAGACGUCCAGCUUUGCUCACGUGAUCUUCCAGAAUGUGGGGAAGAGUUUCCUGCCUCAGGCUCCUCUGGAGUGCCACUACACACUCACUCCUGCUCUAACGCCCCAUCCCAAAGAUUGGGUUGGCAUCUUUAAAGUCGGCUGGAGCACAGCGAGAGAUUACUACACAUUCCUGUGGUCUCCUAUGCCUGAGAAUUAUGUAGAAGGCUCAACUGUCCAUAGAGUCAUAGUGUUCCAGGGUUACUAUGUUCCACGUAGUGAUGGAGAGUUCUAUCAGUUCUGUUAUGUGACUCACGGGGGAGAGAUUCGUGGAGCGAGCACGCCUUUCCAGUUCCGACAGGCCAUGCCCUCCGGGGAGGAGUUGCUGACCGUGGAGGACGAGGGCAAUUCAGACAUCCUGGUGGUGACCACCAAGACUGGACUCCUCGAGCAGCGUGUGUGUGUGGCGCAACAGGAGUGCAUGGAGCUGCAGCAGAGGAUGUGUGUCCUGCAGAGAGAGAAGGAGCAGGUGCAGGCUGAGCACCGGAGACUCCAGAGGGACAGAGAGGACGAGAGGGAGACCUACACGCAGAUACACACACACAACAAGGAGCUGCUACAUCUGUGUGAGGCAGAGAGGGAGGAGCUGAGGAGAAGACUGCAGGAGUCAAAGGAACGAACUCAGCAACUGGAGGAGGAGCAACAGACUCUGAAGGACAAGCUUCACAAGGUCACACUGGAGAAAGAGAGUCUGGAGUCUCAGCUGAAGGCUGAGAGAGCUGAGAGGGAUCUCCAUAAGGCCCAUGUGCGGAGUGCAGAGCUGGAGAACACUAAGCUGACCGCAGAGCUGCAGAUGCUGAAGGCCAUGGAGCUGAACCGGGAGGUGACCAUCGCCCAGUACCAAGAGGAGCUGCAGAGACUCCGAACUGCAGACAUAGGUGAGGCUGUUCGUUUGAAGGAGCAUCUAAAGCAGGCGGAGGCGAAGCUUCAGUGCUCCCAGCAGGAGGCUGUGCUUCUGGGGGCGGACCUGCGCACUGCCUCCAGCAGGUGUGAGCAGACUGCGUCCGAGCUCCAGAGGGUCCAGCGGGAGGCUGAUGCCCUGCGUGCUAGCCUGUCGGAGGUCCAGGCCCAGAGCCAGAGUGCCCACUCUCAGCUGGACAGGUUGAGACAUGUCGCCAGUCAGAUGGAGGGGGCGCCCUCCUGCGCCGUGUCCCAGGUGGAGGCAGAGCUCCAUAAGGAGGUGGACGAGCUGAAGGUUCGUCUGCAGAUGGCCGCUGAGCACUACAAGGAGAAGUACCGCGAGUGCCAGAAGCUACGCAAGCAGGUCAAGCAGCUGAGCCAGCAGCCUCAGGGGCCUCCGGCCGAGAGUCCCGAUCAGGUGGAACCAGGGGGGAGUGCCGGACAGAGUCCCGAUCAGGUGGAACCAGGGGGGAGUGCCGGACAGAGUCCCGAUCAGGUGGAACCAGGGGAUCCAAAGAGAAAUUAUGGUGAGAUGGCAACUGAAAUGAUCCAGGAGACCAUCUCACCCAGCACAGAGAUGCCUGUUGCAGAUAAACUGCCCGCUGCGCUAGAUUCCCCCCACACUGAAGAGAGUCCAGUAAGAGAGAGAGGUGGAGCAGGAGAAGCGACGGACGAAAAAGAGUCGGAGAGCGACGACGAUGGAGAGAACAGAGAAGACAGCCACAGUGACGGAGGUAAAGAGGAAGUAGAGGUAGCAGAGGGAGAACAGGAGAGGAGAGAUGAGGGUGCUGACCUAGCCAUGAUGGAGGAGACCUGGAAAGAGCAGUGCUCCAUCAACAUCAACAUCUCCCAACUGCUGAGGGCUCAGCUGGAGGAAAAGACCAGAGAAGUGACGGCACUGAGAGAGAGCCUGUCUGAUGUGAUGCGGGAGAAGGAGAGACUGGAGAAGGAGCUGCGGGUGUUUGUGGCGGUGCAGAGGCCAGAGAGCUCUGGGGAUGCCGUGGCGCUGCUCUACCCUCUCCCCUACACCCAGGAGCACCCGCCACCCCCACUCAUCCAGCAGAGGCCUGCUGACCUGCAGUACGGCAACCCCUACGCCAGAGACCAUGUAGAUGGUGCUACUGUGUCCUCUGGUGGAGCAGGUGCUGAGGGAGUGGUAUGUAUGCAACCAUCUCGUGGUCUGAGUCUUCCUGAUGGCCUCGAGAACGUCUUUCAAGAGCCCAGCGAAAGUGGGAGUGGGGAAACUCGUGAGGUGUUUGGCCAUCGCAGUCCCAAAAACACGGAGAAGAGAACCAGCUUCUGCUUUGAUACCAGUUCUGAGGUGCAGAAGCGCUGUCCGCUGUGUGAAGUGAUCUUCCCCCCCCAGUUUGAGCAGCGCAGCUUCGAGCAGCACGUGGAGUCCCACUGGCGUGUGUGUCCUGUGUGCAGCGAGCAGUUUCCCCUCCACACACAGCAGCUGCUCUACGAGAGACACGUGCUCACGCAUUUUGAUGGGAAUGUUCUCAACUUCGACUAGCCACCACAUUCCAAGAACAGCACAGUGUGUGUGUGUGUGUGUGUGUGUGUGUGUCUGUCUGUAUGGCUGUCUUAUGACAAGAGAUCCUUAAGUGAACAGACGGCUGAUGAUGUGUCUCUGGUGAGUGAGGCUAUAUGGUUGUUGAUGGCAUUUGUGCUCUGAAAAUGUAAGCUGUAGCAUUGCCAUACAUUACAGUUGGUUUCAAAGCUCAUGUAAGCCACUCUAGUAAUUCUUCUGAAAAACCAUCAGACCUUUCUAUCAUUGGAGCCCACCAACUCAAUUCAAUGUUGCUGUUAGACACAAAAUAAUUGGCUGGCAGUGACGCCAUCUAUACUAGCCACUAAUACUUUCAUUACAGUUACAUGUACGUUGUCACAAAAUGCCAGUAGUUAGUGCGUUGUUGAAACUGAAUAUUAUAGAGAUGGCUAGCAGAAUGUAGAAUGUAAAUGUUACAUACAUCAGCUUUAAGCAUCCUGUUUCGCUACCUAUAUAUAUAUAUAUAUAUACAUACUCCCCUGGCUUUAAACUCCCUCAUGUACACCUGGUAACUCAUAUUUCCAAAUACUCAUGAUCUGAAACACAUUGCUGCAGCAUGCACUACAGGAACCUUGAGAAGUGUCCCUGCUUGAGUCACAAUGCAUCAGAUAGCUCUAUGCCAUGUUUGGAUUAUAUUGUGCCGUAUAUCCUUGACUUUCGGAAACCAGACAGGGAACCGACUCCAGUAGGAGAUCACAAGUAUGUCUCUAACUUGAGGAGUUGGUGAAGGAUGGUAGGGGAACAUCUGCAUUAGCUGUCUACAGUCUACAAUCUACAGAAUGUUUGUUUAAACAGCCAGAAUAGUUUUUGUGUUAUUGUAUGUAAAGUAACACACUGAAAUGCUGACGGCUUUAUGUGACUAGGCUACUGUAUGUUUAGAUGGAAUACCUUUGUGGGAGUUAACUGUAGUCUUAAUCCUGUGAAAUGCUGUCACACACAUUGGUUUGACUGAUAGUCAUUUCCAUUGCCUGGAACAGGGAUCAACAUUUUGGAUCUGUUUUAUUCAUGCAUUGUCUGGAAGUAUGACUUGUUUGUAGGUUCUGGAAUCAGGUUAUGAUGACAUAUUGUAUUUAUGUUCUUUAAAACAAUAAAUUGCAUGUAAUUAGUGGACCUACUCAACUUUGGGUACUCAUAGAAUAUUAUGUACAGGUCUACAUUCCUGCAUAAUAUAAUGAAAAUGAAACUUUUAUAAAUGUAAUAAAACUCUCUGGAGAAGUGUCUGUAUUAGGAGCAAAUGUGAUAUGGAAAUAUGUAUAAAUGUACAUGUAAAGAUAUUUCCGUCCACAAAAUGAAAUGAAUUUGACACUGCAAA